GCUCGUAGAAGGUGCUGGCGGAUAAGAAAGUCCUCUUUUCUUCUAUCCGCCUUUCUGGGUUGUUCGAACGUCCCCGGACGACUUCAUGCGUAUUUCAUAGAGAAUUAAAACGCACAGGCAGGCAAGACCGGUUAGGGGGCCGGUGGGAUCAUUUCCGCUUCCGGUGCCAAAGGGCACGUGGAAUGUAAACACGGGACCACGAAGUGGCUUUCAGAAUGGCUUCCUUUGGGUGGAAGAGGAAGAUUGGUGAGAAGGUAUCCAAGGCCACAUCGCAGCAGUUUGAAGCUGAAGCUGCCGAUGAGAAGGAUGCGGCUGAGAACGAGGAUGGGAGCUGGGUUCAUGCCAGCAAACGGAGGAAGGAAACCCUCCAGGAAGGCUGCAGACUGAAGAGCAAGCAGCUGAAGGACGAAGGCGCUAAUCUGGCUGAAAAGAAAAGGUACCAGGAGGCCAUCCAGAAGUGGGACGAAGCACUGCAGCUGACCCCAGAUGAUGCCACCCUUUAUGAGAUGAAAUCACAGGUCCUGAUGUCCCUUCAUGAAAUGUUUCCAGCAGUACAUGCAGCCGAAAUGGCUGUCAAGCGUAACCCACAUUCAUGGGAGUCUUGGCAGACUUUAGGUCGUGCUCAGCUUGGAUUAGGAGAGAUAGUCCUGGCAAUUCGAAGUUUUCAAGUAGCCCUCCACAUAUAUCCAAUGAACCCAGAAAUAUGGAAGGAGGACCUUUCUUGGGCAAGAAAGCUCCAGGAACAGCAGAAAGUAGCUCGGAGGAUUGAAAAAAAGGAAAUUCCACCCGCAGGAACAGACAUCUCCUCAGAGUCAAUCCCUGACUAUGACUUUGAAAGCGACGAGAUCGUUGCUGUCUGUGCAGCUGUGGCAGAGAAACAGAAGUCGGUGUCUGCGAAUAAAAGCAUGGUCAUCGUGUCAGCCUCUGGGACUGUGGAGAUAGUCAGCGAGGAGGGAGAGGGCGCCUCCACCCCAGAUGGCGCUGUCUUUAUCAAAGCCCGAUGAAGCAUACGCGGUGAAAAGAUGUUUGAAUCUAGGGUUUUUGUGUUUGGUUUUGGUUGCUACUUAAUGCUUAGAUGACAUUCGAUAUCCACCUUGGAGGAGGAGGGCAAAACUUGAGUUUUUCAGAUGAAGCAUAUAAAAAUCAAGUAGUGGAAUUCUUUAGUGAUUGGACGAGCAAAUUAUACUUAAGAUUAGCAUCUUAAGUGAAAUGUGUUUUGACUGAUAAGCAUUUGAUUUGACUGUUGGGAGAGGACAUUUGAAGAUACAAUUUGGGAAUUGUGUUCUUGAAUAGAGAUUAACUUGACAGGCAGUGUUAUUACAAUGUAGACUUGCAGACUUUUGUUUUAUGAUAAAGGAAGUGUGUGAUUUCUCUGCCUCCAAGGAAUCUGCCAUUUGUCUCUUUUUCAUUUUUCUUGCUGCCUAGUGCAAGCUUAAAUAUUUCUGACAUUCAUCUUGAUUCAAAGUUAUCAUUUGGUUGUAUUUGAUGUAUUUGAAAGUUGCCUAAAAAUGCAUGCAAAUGUGUGUAUCCUGAACAUUUCCUUGAAUUUUUGUUCUAAUUUGUGCUUAUGUUUUGACUUUAAAGUUAAAGGUGGUAACUGUUUGCUUCAGUACUUGCUAACUGUGAAUACUGAUGUCAGAGUGACAUUUCAUUUCAUUGUUAAGGUCAAGUCAUCUUGUCACAAGUCAUUCAUUUGUGAAGGUGAAUGGCAUUUGGAGAUUGUCAGUAAAUUCUGCACUUACAUUAUCCUGCUCAAAACAGAGUUUCUUUCCUUUUUUCCUUUUACAGGGGAGGAUGUAGCUAGGCCCCCAGCAUGCUAGACUAGUACUCUGUUGCUGAGCAAAAUCCUCCUAUUUCUUUUCUGAAUUUUACAAGUAUGAAGAGCCCAGCAAACAAAUAGUAAGACAGGUCUUCCUUUUUAACUCAGGCUAGCCUCAAGACUCUUCCUGCCUCGGCACCCGGGACUACUGGGAGUACAGGUGGGAGCUGCCACAGCUGACGAGUACUUCUCGCUUGUAACUUUGCAGUGGACAGUUUAUAAAUGUCUUUCCAGAGACACUUUUGUGGAAGUACUCAAUGAAAUGAAAAAAUAGUUACAGUUUCACAUCGGAAUAAAAUAGCAGUUUUAAAGUAAAAAGACGUUGAUAUUAUUAGAGUGUCAGUAUAUGACUGACAAGCAGGGAACUGGGAUGUGGUUGGUAGUGUAAUCCCAUGUGUGGAGCAGGUAUGGUAAGGAAGCAAAUGCCUCUCAUCCCAGCCCUGUCGAAGGCAAGGCAGAGGACUUGUAAACCCACGGCCAGCCGGGGAGACACGUAGGAAGACCUUGUCUCAGAACAAAACAAAAACUGGAAAAUAAAGCAACCAAAGAAAAAAGCUUAGUAAAAAUCCUCAUUCACAGUCACAAACCAAUACUAUUAUUACCGUGGGUGACUGUUUCUAUUAUGUAUAUUGUAGUACAAACAAAACAUAGGCAACUAUCAGGUGCUGUUCUUCCUGAGACUCAGGAAGAUAUAAUUGAUGUAAUUUUUUUCCAUUAGAGAUGAAAGUUAUUUCUGUUGUGUUAUGAAAUCUUAACAAAACCAGUUGGAACAUGUAAUUAUGGGCAGCAUUUUUGUGAGGAUGAUAUGUCUUAGAAGGUAUUUUAGGGGAAUGUUCAUUUUUUUCUUUCUUGUUGGAGAAAUCAGCAGUUGCUUUAAAUAGUGUUAUAUCCCCCUAAAUUCUGUCAUCCAGAAAUAAGCCCUGGAUGGAGAGGUCAGCUUUAGAAUGAGUGAAAAAAUAAAUACUUUGUUAAAUAGCAAGGGAUCUUCUCAGAGGACUGAUGGCUAGAGGAGCGAGUACGUCCCAUUUGCUACGUUACAUAUGGAUAUCUGUUUAUUGUAUAAUUCGUGAAAAAAUAGCCUUUCCCUUGUGUCUCGGGAGAUUUUCCUCUUCGAUUUUGAGAAUUAGGUAGAUCUUAUUUUUCUCUGUGUAAAAGUGUACACGAAACAUUUGUAUGGCUCCCUGCGUGCACUGCUUAGUCAGUGCUAGUCAUUUCUAGGAAGAACUUGUCUUUGUUUGGGAACGCUCCCUUUCACUUCCUUCUGAUUUUAGGAAAGAUUUUUUUCAUAACCUUUUAUCUGAAUGAAGUCAUGGCUUGCGAUACUGCAAGGCAGUUGUCAGUUACAGAUUGCUCUUGGCAUGGAGUCUGUGCCUCAACCUCAAAAUAGGCAAGACUCCACCUGGCCCGCGUGCUGCUUCCAGACCGCCGAACCUGUCGUCGCACCUGUCUUAGUGUUAGUGGGUCACGCUAGUCUCUUUGUUACUCAGACCUAAGAUGCAAAAUAGACAAGAUGAGGAGAAAAAGGGAGACUUAGUUAUGGAGAAAGGCUCAUUUUUCCAGACCACCAAAGGUACUUUAGCUAACACUUCCAUGCAGGAAGAGAAAACCACAUUGGUUAUUUUGCUGGGACGUGAGUAAUGGUAUGGAAAAGUUUACUAAACUUGUUAAUUAGAACAAUGUGUUCUUAUGAACCUGGAGAAAAAUAACACUCAUGAUAAUGAUAUAAUCAUGUUUAAUUUUCUUAAACAACAGUAUUAGUCUUAAAUUAUAUCGAAUAUGAUUUGUAUGGUUCUAGUUUCAAAAUUGUAUGGUAUAGCUACUUGUUAAGAGAAUUAGAAUAGAGACCAUACCUGAAAACUUGAGACUCCUGUUAAUCUCUAGAAUGCAGGCACCUGGGUGAUAAAGUGUUGUAUUUUAAAUUAAGUUAUGCGGGAGGCAUUUCAGAACUCCUAUCUACCACAGCUGGGGCCCAUGGACAGCACAAGAUGGUGACAGCGUAAGCACGCAAGUAUUCUAGAUUGCUCUUGUUGUUUGGCUAAAACUAAUGAGUUAGAAGGGAUUGUCUUAGAAAACCGAUACCCAUGAUUGUAGCAGGACCGCGCAGCCCCGUCAGUUUGCAGAUUAUGCUUCAUGCAGUGACUCACAGGCUGGUUCCCCUUUCCCAGCAAUAAGGGAAUUAUUAAUCGGCUCUUUAAUUUCCUUCUGUGGGAAACCCUUCAAAACCUGCUCUGUGAGAGACACUCGAGGCUGUGGUUUCACGACAUAGCGUGCGUCUGGAUGAGUUAGGAGUGAACACGAGCCAUCAUCAUCAUCAUCAUCUUCAGUGUGUGUGUUAGAAUGUGAUUUUCUGAGAUGACUUUAACCCAACAAAGGAGUCUCUGAUUGGUGCCAUUUUAGCAUACAGAAACUCUCUUUUCAACCAGUAAGAAAACAUGACAGCUUGUGAAUGGCCUCUUGACCCAUGUAAGUUAAAAUGAAAUGAAGGAGAUCAUAUCUGAAGUCACGUAUUUAGCCACAUGCAGUUGAGUUGGGCCACUAUGAAUGCAAGAGCCACAGUGACCCUGGAGCACGUGUGCAAUGCCUUCUUGAGUGUUAUGAGUGAACUACCUGUAUUGUACUUGGAGAGCCAUGGAAAGCUGAUACAUGUGCACUUUCUUGGGAAAUCCUGAUCCCCUCCCACCUCCCAAGGAGAGGAAGGAGCGUGGAAAACAGGGCUGGACACGCUGGUCCCUUUCUCCCUUUUCUCUGAGUUGGUCAUGCCUCCUUUCAGCUACAUUGUGAAUCUAGCAGGAAAGGGGAAGCCUGUGCUUCAGAGCUGCCCAUAGCUCAGCGAGGCCUCUCUAGGUCUGGGUUCGGCCAUUAUAUGCUGUCAUUUGGUGUCAUCUCCAUGUCCCUGACUUGUCUUUUAGGCAGUUAGGCCACGAGGGAGCACAGAUCAUUUGGGAUUCCCUUAAGCCCUAAUAAAGAUCUGAAUUUAUUUCAAAUUAAGUAUGAAAUUUAGCAGGAGCAAAAUGUCAAAGUCCUAAUUUUUUUAAGUUGUGGAGAUCUUAUUGAAAAUAAUAAUGUCUGUUACAAGGCACCAGGAAAUUUUGCUUAUACUAUUUAAAAGUCUGCUGCCUGGGACUAGUAGUAAACCACAAAGUUGAAGGAAGGAACGCGCUCACCCACUUCUGUCGGUUUUCUUACAUGACGGGAUCAUUCAGACAGAGGAAAAGGCAGCCGCUUUAAGUUUGCAGUUUGAAAAGUUCUUGACAAACGUGUGAAUAUCUGCUUAUCUCUGCCCUCCUCUGUGAGUAGUUCUGUGCCCACCCAAAAGGUCUCUACAAAUCAGAAGUGUCUAGUUCACCUCUCCCCCUGUACCCUGCACUAUUCAGUGACCUAUCUGCUUUUGUGGAAUUACAAAUGAAUAGAUCAUAGAGUAUGUACUCUCAUGUCUGGCAUAUUUUGAUUAGAACUGUGUAUUUUGUUCUUCCAUGCUCAGUUGAUCCCUGAUUUUUAUAUGUCAGUAAUAUUUUCUGUUCUGUUCUGUUCCUUUAUUAUUCUCUUUUGGGAAUAUACCACAGUUUGUCUAACUGCUGGUGAUGAUGAACAUUUAGGUUGUUUCAAGUUUUGCUUUAUGAAUAAAGCUGCUUUGUACAAGUGA